CAUCCCAUGCCGAUAUCCGGCAUCCAAGGCCAAAUGCUCGAAGUAACAGUUGUUCUAUGCGCCGGAUUGAAGAAUACGGAAUUCAUAUCCAAGCAAGACCCGUACGUUUGCGUCGAAUACGAAGACGCCAGGGUCAGAACCAGAACGUGCACAGAUGGAGGCAGGAACCCCACCUUCAGGGAGAAAUUCAACUUCACUCUCAUCGAGGGUCGCCAGGAAAUGAACGUCAACGUCUGGAACAGCAACAUGUUUUCCGGGGACGACCAUAUUGGCAGCGGAAGGAUUCAGUUGUUGAAGGUCCUCAAAGAAGGAUACGAUGAUUCUUCAUGGCCUCUCCAGUGCAAAAGAGAAAGGCAUGCUGGAGAAAUAAAGCUGAUACUGCACUAUAAGAAGCUAAAUCAUUCGAACAACGAGGCAAUGCCCGCCCCCUCAUAUCCACCUCCGUCAGCACCACCGCAAGCAUAUAGCGUUUAUCCCCUUGCUUACGUUCAGCCACCGCCCAGCACCUACCCUCCGGUUGGCUAUUGGCCCUGCCCCACUCAUCCACCACCAAGCUAUCCUCCUCCUCCUCCAUAUCCCCCUCAGCCUCCUGUCUAUCAACCGCCACCGUAUCCCCCAACAACGUAUCCUCCGGCCACAUACCCACCGGCUUCAUACCCACCGGCUCCAUACCCACCGGCUUCAUAUCCAGGUACCCUCUCAACUGUGUCCUGCAAGCAUAUGGAUCGUAGAACGGAUCAAUCAGCUGCUUAUAUGCAUCUCGUGUUUUAUACAGGGCAAUACCCAGGAGCUUACCCACCAUACUGA